GCAAAGGUGAGAUUGUCUGGACUCUGCUCUAGCUUGACCCACACUUCAGAAGUCCCUGGAGUUGAACUUUCUGCUCAUGGAUCCUGGUUGGCUCGGUGACCCCUCAUGAUGUUCUCUCAGCAAAGAUUCUUUGGUACUGAUCUAUCAAGACCAGAAGAGUCUGAACUGAAGAAUUUUUGUUCCAGAAAUAUACUGAUCAUCCUUGGCUUCUCCUGUAUCAUAGCUGUGAUUGCUUUGAUUGCUGUGGGGUUGACCCAGAACAAACCAUUGCCAGAAAAUGUUAAGUAUGGGAUUGUGCUGGAUGCAGGCUCUUCUCACACAAGUUUGUACAUCUAUAAGUGGCCAGCAGAAAAGGAGAACGACACAGGGGUGGUGCACCAGGUAACAGAGUGCAAGCUGAAAGGUCCUGGAAUCUCAAGAUAUGCUCAAAAAUUAAGUGAAAUAGACAUUUAUCUGACGGCAUGCAUGGUAAGAGCCACUCAAGUGGUUCCAAAGUCCCGGCACCAAGAGACCCCUGUUUACUUGGGAGCAACGGCAGGCAUGCGUUUGCUCAGGAUAGAAAAUGAGCAGUUGGCAGACAAGGUCCUGGCUGCGGUGGCGAGGAGCCUCAGCAACUACUACUUUGACUUCCAGGGUGCCAGAAUCAUCACCGGCCAGGAGGAAGGUGCCUAUGGCUGGAUUACCAUCAACUACCUGCUGGGCAAAUUCACUCAGAAACCGAGUUGGCUCAACCUGAGGCCAAAUGAAGACAGGGCUCUUGAAACCUAUGGGGCUUUAGACCUUGGGGGAGCCUCUACACAAAUCACUUUUGUGCCACAAGACAAGAAGAUUGAGUCUCCAAGCAAUGCUCUGCACUUCCGCCUCUAUGGCAGGGACUACAGCGUGUACACGCACAGCUUCUUGUGCUAUGGGAAGGAUCAAGCACUCAGGCAGAAACUGGCCAAGGACAUUCAGGGUACAAACGGAACCCUCAGGGACCCAUGCUUUCACCCUGGAUACGAGACAGUAAUGAACGUAAGUGACCUCUACAGUAGCCCCUGCACCAAGAGAUAUGAGAGGACUCUUCCAUUCGAUCAGUUUCAAAUCCAGGGCACUGGAAAUUAUCAACAAUGCCAGCAAAGCAUCCUUCAACUCUUCAACACCAGUUACUGCCCUUACUCCCACUGUUCCUUCAAUGGGAUCUUCUUGCCGUCACUUCACGGGGAUUUUGGGGCGUUUUCGGCUUAUUACUAUGUCAUGGAAUUUUUAAACUUUACAUCAGAGGAAACCCCCUCACAGGAAAAGAUGACGGACACUAUGGAAAAGUUCUGUUCUCAGCCUUGGGAGGAGUUGAAGACACAUUUUGGUGAUGUGAAGGAGAAGUACCUGAGUGAAUACUGCUUUUCUGGAACCUACAUCCUCUCUCUCCUUGUGAGUGGCUAUGGUUUCACGGCUGAUUCCUGGAAGAACAUUCAUUUCAUGGGCAAGAUCCAGAGCAGCAAUGUCGGGUGGACUCUGGGCUACAUGCUGAACCUGACCAACAUGAUCCCAGCUGAGCAGCCGUUGUCCACACCUCUGACCCACUCCACCUAUGUCUUCCUCAUGGUUCUCUUCUCAGUGAUCCUGGUUGCAGUGAUCAUCAUAGGCGUGUUUAUCUUUCACAAGCCUUCAUACUUCUGGAAAGACAUGGUAUAGCAGGAGCAGCUGAAACCUGCUGGCUGGAGUGAGAAAAAAACUUGCCCAAGGAGCACCUUCCUCCACAGUGGUGUACAAGGUCAUCCUUCCUUGCUCACCAAGGCCAGUCUUGACCAGCACGAAGCUUCCUUGGCUUUUGCUGAAGCUUUUCCAUGGAAGGUAUUCACCACCUUCUGCCUCAAGGACUACCCAGAAGACAUCGUCUCUUUUGUGAUUCCUUCCCAACUCCACUUCUCUCUUUUGUACCCUGUGCUUGUAUGGGUCUUAAAGACCUGUUACCUUUCAUGAUCUCUGCUUUAUAAAAAACAAAAACAAAAACAAAAACAAAAACAAAACCCCAAUCAUGACUUUGUCCCGAAGAACUCAAAAGAGUCCUGAGUCCUGGGCUGGUAAGCUGCACAGGCCAAGAGAAAAUCUCAGGAACUUGUUCAGUUGUACUGAUACAGACCCUUUCUUUCUUCUGUUGCCCAUUUAUGAAGAAUGCCAUACAAUGCCUUUGGAGAGGGCAGACACCCAUCUCAUUCCCAUCCUGUUGUUUGCACAGGAGAAUUUCUAGACUAGACAAAUAUGUGCCAGGACCAAAGAGUCUUGCAAGAGAAUUUAUGUGCUUAUAUCAUUAAUAUGAUUUUCCAAUCCAAAACAGGGUUGUGGAUGAGUUAUAUAUUCUUCAGUGAUGCCAAAAUUCUAUGGAGUGGGACCCCCCCCAGACCAGAGAUUUUUUAAAAAGCUGAUGUAAUAUCUAAGCAUUCAGCAAUCAGGGCAUACUACAUGGUAGGUAUACACGUCAGGAAUAAAAAUACAAUUACAAUGAAGAGUUUGGGAAAUACAUCCUUCAAUGCAUCUACUGGGGUUUUAUUUUUAUUGUAGUAAUACAUAUAAAGUCCACCAUUUUAAUAUGUACAAUUCAGCUGCAUUUCGCACAUUUGCAUUGUUGUGCAACCAUCACCACUAAUUCCAGAAUAUUUUCCCCAUCGAGAAAUUAGCUGGAGACAAGGCCAUCCCUGGGUAGGUUCAAACCACCAACCUUUCAGUUAACAGCCAAAUAAGCUCAUCAGUUGUUCCACAAAGAUGCCCAUUGAGUUUUAAAAGCCAUGCCAUAUCUUUUUGUCCCAGGGUUUAAUGUAGUGAGAGAACUACAACACUCCUUUCUUCUGUCAUGGUAUUUGCUCAUCAAAGUAUGCCAGGAACCAGAUCUGAAAGUGUGGUUGCCACCCCUGUCACACAAGUAUGGGCUCUAUUUACUUAUUCCAUGGACUAUUUUGUGGGAGAAGCAGCAGCUAUGGACUUUGUCACAGAAACAUGAAGAGACCCUGUACUUUCUUCCUUUAAUGACUGCUGUGAGCAGGUGGAGUGGUGAUGUGUUACUCUGAAGUUGUCCCAAGCUCCCCAUCUCUGGAUUUGGGGACUGACUGCUGAACUAAUGCAGGGUGGGGCUGGGGUGAGGAAGGAAAAGCUUUCCUACAAACUGGAAGCCAAAUGUCCUUAUAUCUCUUGAAUAACCAAGUCAUUUUUUACAACCAGGUGAAUACAAGCUUACAAACUGUGGAUACGAAGUUUUUCUUUUCUGCCACUCACAAUUGAACUUGCACUUGGAUUAGGAAGGAGAAGCCAAGUUUGAAUAUGUUUAAACUCUUUCUACUAGUGCUAGCGGUUAUAUUGUUAAACUUAGUAUUUAUUGAGCAUUUGUUAUGUCCCAUGCUCUGCUCAAGUGCACUACAUUCAUUUUCUCACUUAAUCCUUACAACAGUCUGAAGGAAGCUAUUACCACUCCCACUUUAUUGAACCAGAAACUGAGGCUCAGAGAGGUUAAGUCACUUGCCCAAGUGGCUGACCUAAAAGCCUGCAAUGCACUCAACCAUUAUUUUCUCUCCCAAAUAUACUAUACUGUCUCCUGGUAACCUCUAAACUCACACUUAACUCUGUAUGAAUACAGGGCUGACUGGCAUGGGAGAGAGGGAAGUAGACAGAUGAUCUGUUCUCUGAUGGACUUGUGACUUAAUAUUGCUUUAAGUCCACAAAGGCUGUCAUGGCAACACUGAUAUCCUGUUCAUGUACUAUGCAUGGUAACGUAUAUGGUGUAUGAUACUAAUCAAGGAUUCCCCAUAUACCUGGCUUCUUAAUUAUAGUGCUUGCUCCCUGCACAGCAAUUCUGCAUCAAAUAAAAAUGAAAAUAAAAGGUCAUAAAAUAGAGCCAGCAGCAGCUCCUUUCUUAUGUCUACAUAUACAAAGCACUGUCACGCACAUUCUCUAUUUUGAUUCUAAAAAACCCCAUGAGGGUUUAUAAGUACUAUUUCCAUUUUAUAAAUAAGGGUCACACAAACUAGUAGAUGGUACAGCAGAUAUGCAAAUUCAUGUCUUCUGACCCGAGUUUAUUGUUUUGUCUUUUCUAAACACUGCCCAUCAACAAGCUGGAAUUAGAAUUCACCAGUUUCCUCCAAUAAAUUGAAAUCUUUUCUUAUUCCUUUUUUUGUCUUACAGCCUGGGUCCAAGAAAAAAAAAAUCCAUUAAGGUAUUUGGAGUCAAAUUCCACUUGUUUUAAGUCUCAACUCAUGGAGAUCAGCUGGCACAACCUGAUCUCAUUUCCUUUGCAGGGAAGCAUGAUUUUGUGGCAGGUUCAGGAAUCUGCUUUGGGCAAUUCUAGAUGAGAAGGGCCAAAUAAAAUGGGUCACUGUCAAUUGAUUUCAAUAUUGAAUUGGCCAUUGGUUAUAAAUGAUUACCAUUCCUUCCUGGCCAUUCACCUAAACUGGGUUCCACCAUUCCUUAGAAGGUGGGAAAUUUAUUCUAUGAACUCAUAAUGGGAAAACAUCAGAAAUGGUUACUUCUGUAAACAAAAGAAUGAAGUUAUGCAA